UGGCUAGCUUUCAGUUGGAAGGAGGAGUCCGAUGCCUUAGAUCCCGAAAAUAUAAACUAGGGAGGAGUAGCGGCUCGAAACUAACGCGGUGGAAAAGGACUCUUUGGGAAGAAACAAGUUUUACUAUCUAUCUAGGUUUUUUCAGAAGCAGGUCAGGAUUCCUGAGAGACCAUUCCCUCACCAUGUCUUGCAUGUGUGGGUUUUGCGUGUCUGUGUUGCUUGCAGUGUGUAUGUUGUGUGGAGCUAUGUCAGAGUCUGUACCGUUGACAUAUGGUGAGAGAGGCUCUAAUUUGGGUUUGCAAGUGUUCCUGCAAGUAGUACAGGAAAAGCCACAGGAAAAUGUGGUUCUCUCCCCCCAUGGUGUGGCCACCAUCCUAGGCAUGCUUCUGCUGGGAGCCGAUGGCAACACCAAGCGCCAGCUCCUCUCAGGACUCAAAUAUAAAAAGAAAGGUCCCUAUAAGAUGCUGCAAAAGCUACAUAAGACCCUGACAUCCAAGUCCAAUGCUGACCUUGUAACCAUCGCCAAUGCACUCUUCACCCGGGAGGGUUUUAACAUGCAUGAUGAUUUCCUGGCUACCAACAGGGACAAUUUUCUGGCUCAUAACUACACCCUUGACUACAGUAACCCUCAGCAGGCUGCAGAUGUUAUCAAUGAUUGGAUCAGGAACAGAACAAAGGGUCACAUCCAGAGUCUUGUGCAGGCAGACAUGUUGGAUCCGGCUCUGACGCGACUGGUGGUGGUAAACUCCAUCUACUUUAAAGGGCUAUGGAAGUCACGUUUCCAAGUCCAGAGCACCAAGAUGAGGAGCUUCACUGGUGGAGAUGGAAAAACCUACAAAGUGCACAUGAUGUCCCAACUUUCUGUCUUUAACAUUGGUGUGGCAAAUACUACUGAUGGUGUGAAAUAUAAGGUCAUAGAGUUACCUUAUCACGGCAACAGCAUGAGCAUGUUUAUUGCAUUGCCUUCAGAGGAGGCCACACCACUGACAGCCAUUCUGUCUCACCUCUCCACGGCAACAGUGCAGGGUUGGACCAAGCUGAUGCAUCAGGGAAAGAUCCGCCUGCUGCUUCCAAAAUUCACAGCAGAGGCAGAGGUGGAUCUGGAAGGCCCCCUUGCUGCUCUUGGUAUAAUGGACAUUUUUGUUGAGGGAAAAGCUGAUUUCAGGCACCUCAGUUCAGAACCUGUUUAUGUAUCCAAGGCUCUGCAGAAGGCCAAGAUAGAAGUAAAUGAGGAUGGAACUAAAGCAGCUGCUGCAACAACUGCGAUUUUGCUUGCCCGGUCCUCGCCUCCAUGGGUGACUGUUGAUAGACCAUUCCUGUUCCUUAUCAGACACAACCCUACAGGAACCAUUCUCUUUGCUGGUCAAAUAAAUAAACCUUGAACAAGCCAACAAGGAAGAGGCACAUUUCCCUAGUACAUUUCACUUUUAACUCUGUUUUGCUUUGAUUGCUUUGUGGAAAACUAUUUCAUUUUUACUUUGUUUCUUUUCCUUCAUGGCACAGUUACACAAUAUUGUAUUGCCUUGAGCACCUAAACUUUUCACUUUUGAUGAGUUUGUAAUUGGAGCGAAAAAUCAGUUAAACUUCAUUUUCUUACCCUAUUGGUGUAUAGUGUCCUCAUAGUACCACCUCAAAAUGCUUUGUAACCGUUUCUUUUUAGCUUUAUUUUAAUAUACAUUUACCAAUGUUGAUUUUUGUUUUGUGGUUCAGUUACAUGCAUUAAUAUUAGUUCAGUUCACUUUUUCUUUUUUUUAGAUUAAAGUCUAUGUUGUUACAAUAUAACUUCAGUUGAUCAUUUAUUUAAUAAAGUACGCAAAGAUGCUUUAACACUC